CACAUUCAGUACACAGACUCACAAAGUGGAAAGGAUGCAGGCGAAGUAAAGUGGAGAGCAGUCAGAGCGGUUUUCCCACGGAGUGAGUACAGAGGAAUUUAACAACACAGUGUGAUAUAUACGGGUGAACGAGUAUCCAGAGAAAACAUUAUCUGGGCAUCCUCAAUCCUUCUUCAGGCUGCAUGUAUCAGGUGUCCACAGUGAACAGGAUCUGCACUGUGAAUGAGGAGGAGAAGUGAUGCCUCAAGACAAUAGCUGUUGCAGAGUUGCAUAUAGCUGCCAUAGGAAGCGCUCAAGUAAAGUGAAAAAAUGUGCAUGCUGUUGGCUCUCAUUUGUCACUCUGGUCUCCCUGCUCUCCCUAUGCUGGAUGUACAUCUGUCUGGUUAUGUUUAAUGACCGAGACGAUGUCAACUGGAGGGGCUUCGAAGUACUGAAGCGAUGGGUGAACUGGUUCAUGGCGAUGGUCAUCAUUUCUGCAGUGUUAACCGUCUACUGCGUUCUGCUGCUGCUCUUUGCACUCUUCCAAGUUGCCUUGAGAGAACCACUCAACUUACACUGGCUACACAAGAUCUUUCUAUUUUUUGGUGUGAUAUUCAUCACGUUUGGAGUCACAGGAAUCAGUCUCAAGUGGCCACAAGAAUGGUUAACUGUUCCUGUUUCACUCCAGGCCACAGCUCCUUUCUUGCAGUUUGGUGCUGUUGGGGCGUUGACGCUGCUGAGUUUGUUCGUCUUCCAGGGCUUUCACACGGCCAAAGGAAAAUGGUCCAAGUUCCUGAUUGCUGUGGUAUUUGUAGUGCUGUCAGCAGCCAUCUUCCUGUGUCCCCUGAUCAUCGAGUCUCCUUGUCUCAUAGAGUGGACCGACUUACCUGAAAAACCAAAGCUUAUUGGUCACCGCGGCGCACCUAUGCUGGCCCCAGAGAACACCAUGAUGUCGUUCGAAAGGAGCAUCACGUGCGGUGUGAUAGCCUUUGAGACAGACGUACAGCUCAGUAAAGAAAGAAUUCCCUUCUUGAUGCAUGACCAAAAGAAAGGGUUCCUGAAGAGAACAACAAAUGUUAAAGAUAAAUUCCCAGACGAAGACUUCAGCCACAGCGCCAACCUGACCUGGGAGGAAUUACAGCGUCUGAAUGCAGGUGAAUCGUUCCUGAAGACAGAUCCUUUCCGUUCAGUGUCCCAGCUCUCAGAAGAGGAGAAGGAAACAGCCAGGAAUCAGACCAUACCCUCCUUAGAUCAGCUGCUCGUCCUCGCUAAGCAGCACAACAUCUCAGUGAUAUUUGACCUUUAUAGUCCCAACCAGGAAAAUGACACAGUGGACAUAGUUAACACCAUCUUGAGUUCUGGAAUUGACCAAAGCCUGAUCCUAUGGCUUCCUCCAGCAGGAAGAGAAUAUGUAAAUACGACUGCGCCAGGCUUCAUCCAGGUCUAUAACAACAAAAGUGAAUUGCUCAACAAAGGGGGGAACCACCUAAAUGUGAAAUAUAGCAAUUUACGUACGAAAGAAAUCAGGGAGUUUCGGAGCAGCAACAUUUCGGUGAACCUGUGGGUGGUAAAUGAGCGUUGGCUGUUCUCUCUGCUGUGGUGUGCGGGGGCCAGCUCUGUAACCACCAACUCCUGCCACCUCCUAAAAGACCUGGAGGAGCCUGACUGGGUCAUGGCGCCUCGUAAAUACACAAUAAUAUGGAUUACAGUGGACAUUGUAUCUAUUAUGAUAAUGACUGGACUCUACAUCUUCUAUCGGAAAACACACUGUUUCAGUCACAGAAAAGGAAAAGAAAAGAAAAGAGAGAUUACUUCAGCCUGGAACGAGAAAGAACUAUCUCCCUUCUUAGCCACUAGGUAGAUCCCCGACCUCAGCAGGAGACCGCCCCAGGAAUUGAAAUACAUACUUGUCUGCACCGCCAAAAUGGUUUGGACCUAAAUCAGAAAGGAAGCUAGUUAGUGUGACUAAAGCCAGCCAUGAAAAUAAGAAUGUUGUUUUUUUUAGAAGUUAUAAGAUGUUAUUAACCAAAUAUAGGCACUGUGCCACUGGGCGGCUGUUUAAUUAGUUUGUUUCUGUAUAAGCCUAACUGGUUAACUGGGUUUUGAUUAUUCUUCUGUUGCUAAUGAAAAUAUAAAGCUUUUCUCGGAUUGUAACAUUGCAAUGUGCACUGUGGGUCUGCACUGGAUUUCCUCUUGGCACUUUAUGUCAAUAUGCAUUUUCUGUUGUUGGCGUUCCGAUUUGUUACAAAUCAUUUUUUCAUGGUUUCACAACUGCAGGAAAUGUAUCUACUAUAACCUGAGCAAAAAACACUACAAGUGUUUUCUACUCUGUAUUAAAUCCUCAACUACAUGAAUAUAUAUAUUUUUUCUUUCAGACACCAACAUCAUUUUUAUAUAAAAACAAGCGACUUUUGGUAUACAUUAAAAAAGCUGCACCAG